AUGAAGCUUCAAAUGUUAUGCCUCGCUUUGGUUUUACUAGCCGUUGAAACUAAUGCAAUUAAGCAAGGAAAGAAUGUAACAAUCCCAGCACUUUUAGUGUUCGGAGAUUCAAUAAUGGAUACAGGUAACAACAAUAAUCUCCCAACUCUUCUAAAAUGCAACUUCCCUCCCUACGGCAAAGACUUUCCCAAUGGCUUCGCUAGUGGAAGAUUUUCUGAUGGAAGAGUUCCCUCUGAUCUCAUCGCGGAAAAGUUGGGAUUAGCUAAGACAUUACCAGCAUAUCUGAACCGGAAUUUAAAGCCGGAUGAUCUUCUUAAAGGUGUAACGUUUGCAUCUGGAGGAACUGGUUAUGAUCCAUUAACGGCUAAGAUUAUGUCGGUGAUAUCAGUGUGGGAUCAACUAACAUAUUUCAAAGAAUAUAUAUCAAAGAUCAAACAACACUUUGGAGAAGAAAGAGCUCAAAAUAUCUUGGAUCAUAGUUUUUUUCUCGUGGUUUCUAGUAGCAAUGACCUUGCUCACACUUAUUUAGCUCAAUCCCAUAGAUAUGAUCGUAAGUCAUAUGCCAAUUUUUUGGCUGACUCAGCAGUCAAAUUCGUAAGAGAAUUGCAUAAGCUUGGAGCACGAAAAAUUGGAGUGUUUAGUGCAGUGCCUGUUGGAUGUGUUCCACUUCAAAGAACAGUGUUUGGAGGUAUGCUAACAAGAGGAUGUAAUAGACCUUUAAACUACAUGGCAAAACAAUUCAACGCAAGGCUUUCUCCGGCACUUGAAUCUUUAGAUAAAGAGUUGGAUGGUCUUAUCCUCUACAUUGAUGUUUAUGAUACUCUUUUCGACAUGAUUCAACACCCUAAAAAAUACGGUUUUGAGGUAGCUGAUAGAGGAUGUUGCGGUAGUGGCGCUCUCGCAGUAUCUUAUAUGUGUAACAUAUUGAAUCCAUUCACAUGCUCUAAUUCUUCGGCCUAUGUAUUUUGGGAUAGCUACCACCCCACUGAAAGAGCUUAUCAAGUGAUUGUUGACAACUUGCUUGACAAAUAUUUAAGCAAAGUCUUUUGA